CAAAGCUUGUGCAACCUUGUCCAUCACAGGCAGCCGCAUGUCUAACAAGCUGACUUACCUUUCUUUCCUGUCGCAUUUUCGCAGUUCCAUUUUCCAACCCGCCGCAUCACCGCGUCGUUGUUUUGCGACAACCAAGACACAAAUCAACAAUUACCAAUUAUCGGCAUUACCAAGUACAAAUCUCUCUUGAUAUCUCAAUCAAUUCUUUAUCCUCGUGCGAUUGCUAUCGCACAGGGUCAAUCGGUCAAGCUUGACGAUGUCUCACCACGCACCCACGUCACGAUCGAGGCCAGAGCCUCCUGGUGCCGAAGAGGCCACCACCGUUCUCAAGCUCGGGGAGUUCGAGGGUGUCGAUACCCUCACGUUGUCCGAAGCUGCUCUAGUCAUCAAUGCCCUCGUGGCCAAACGUCGCAAUGAUCGCAAGAACGUGAAUGAGACAGAUAUGCUUAUUAAGACUAUUGACUAUCUGGACACGUUCGCGCGCUUCAAGAAGAAGGAAAGCGUUGAAGCUGUUGAGCGUCUCUUGAGCUCGUAUCCCAAGCUGCACAAGUUCGAGCGAGCACAACUUGGAUCACUCUGUUGCGAGACAGCUGAGGAAGCCAAGUACCUCAUCCCUUCGCUGCAGAACAAGAUCUCCGACGAGGAACUCCAAGAGAUGCUCGACGAGAUCUACAAGUUAAUGCCCCGGUAAUCCUAUCGACGGGGCUUUUAGAUAUCCCACCUCCGCGAUUCUCCACGAUUCGUCAGAUCAAGACCAUAGCAAUAGAACGGACCUACGACGGGAGUGAGAAGUGGUGAUGAUGGGUUUUCAAUUCAGGGUGGAAUAAUACAGAUUUCCUUUGAGGCGUUUCAUUUCAACUAGACCAGAGGACUGGUAAUUGCACAUGGACGGCGUAGGAUAGGAAAAGACUUCUGUUUCCCUUUGGUGUUCUUCUAUACCCCCAUAAGAUCGGCAGAUAAAGGCAGACGCAAAAAUGGCAUUUGAUUAUUUCCCUCACAAGUAUCCGGGAUCCUUGUCUUAGGAAGUCUUGCUGGUUUUCGUAAGGUGGCAUUUAGGGUACUCAAAGUACGAGCCCAGUCACAGCUCUAUUGCCUACAUUAGGGAGGAACACUGGUUGGUGCAAAAUGCGAUUUCUUUUAUAUAAAUCACUUAUAAGCUAAAUUUGCAACUUUCAGCCGCUAAUCUUGAGCGACUGGUAUAUAGGAUGCAGCGUAACAAAACUCAUGAGCAGAGUUGACGUGGUGAAGGGUAUCGCCAUGAUAUUCCUCCAACUCCAGCGACUGACUGAAUCACCAAACUAUCCUCCUUCAUUUCAACCAGCUCAGUCAAAUU